UUCAAUGAUGGCACGAUUCAAUCUCCUUAUGUCUGAUUGGUACGGAGUCAAUUAUCCGUGCGGCCGUGUCUUAUCAUCUUUCCAAAGGUAUGAUGACUCCUUUCCUUAUCAACCAAUCCACAUCUGCUCUCUCCUCCAUACCUACUAGCUAUUUAGGUAAUUCUUCCCAUAAUAGCUUCUUCAUCCUGCUAUCUGUCAUCUUCAUACUCCCUCAUAGUAACAAUCAUUGCGAAUCUCUAUCGAAAAGACUAGUUGUUGACUCAAUUCCCUAUCUUCAAUCGAGAUGGCAAUCUAUUCAUCAGUUCCGCCACCGGCGCAGCAGGCUUCAGCAGGCCCGGACAUUGAAGCCUGGACAGCUUCUGCUUUAGAAUCACUUGAAGUAUCUCCCAUUGCUCGUGGAACUGGAGUUACACUUUCUAUUCCUCUUGAGCACGAUGAGUCUCUUGAAGACACGGCGCCAUCAAGACCUGCCGUUUACAAACCACGCAAGGAACUUCUAAAACGCGAUAGCCAGAAGCACAGAGAGUCGUUGCUAAGAGGAAAGGAGGGUAGUCGCAGACGCCAAAGGUGGGAGAAUGGUGAGUGCGAUUGAUGAACUGUGACGUGAAGAAAAGAAACCCACGUAUCCGGCGGGCCUGUCUCAAUCAUCAUAGCAUACCUGAUCAUCAACGCGAUACUCGGAUAUGGAAAGUCCGAGUUCGAAUGACAUCGAUUGCUGAUUAGCAUUGCAUUCGCAGAUCAUUUCCUCCAUGUUCCAAAUGCCCAGCCCCCGCUCCCUAGUGAUUGGGAAGUUCGUCCAACCUACCCUGUUCAUCAUGUUCCGUACUACCUGGCUCCUCUGUGGGAUGCGGGUGUUCGUCAUCGAGCCGAGGAAAUCGCCGCCGAAAAGAAAAUGAAUAAAGCAAAGAAGGCUGGCAGCCAUGAGGAGAAAGGUCGUGUUCCACAGGAUUUGAGGCAGAAGCUCAAGAAGAGCAAGGGGGCAAAGAGUCUUCUUCAAGAUCUGGAGGAGGAGGUCAGAAAAUUCGUUCAAGAAUAUGAGGGUAAGCAGAAAAUUCUGGGACGGAUGAAGGAAGAGGAAAUGGACAGUGAGGAUGAGGAGAUUGUGUUCAUUGGAAGAAAUGGCACAAUGAGUGAUGAGCAACGGAAUUUAGUCGAGGAAGAGCUACAGAGGGAGAAGCUCAUCUUCGAUUCUUUGGCUGACGAUACAGGAGCAAGCUUCGGGUAUGCAUUUUCUUGAUCAUUUGAGAGUUCCCUCUAACAAUUUUAUAGACGUUGGCUUGUCCAUUCCAUUGCAUCUUACUACGGUCUUGCUUCUCGGUCUGUCACGGUUGGUGAUCCUGCGCGUCGCGAGGCAUAUGUCGCUAUAAAGGAAAUGGGUACUGGGGGGCAGAUUUCUCGUCUUGCGUCAGACCUUCCUCGCCCAUUGUGGGGAAUGAUUUGAUUGUAGAUGAUGGAUGAUAUUCUGCCUUGAUAAACUAGCUCACCUAACAUCCCAUUUCUUUCGAUUUCGAUUCUACGGCCACAUUUUAACCUUUUUUUCGCAUAUUAGUUCUUAGCAUACUUUGGCUUGUGCCUCACAUAUUACUUGGUUUUGCAUGGUUUUUAGAUCAGUAGAUGAUGGAUCCAUCAUAUUAGAAUAUAUCAAAAACUUGUGAUCUUCACAUCCACGAU